AUGCGCCGUGUGUGCCAACCUUUCUGCUCCUGCAUCGCGCUCCGCCUGCUCUGCCGGCUCAGCAGGGAGGAGCCGUGCUGGGAAAUGGCCUCCCUGGCGUUCCUGGUGGAGGUCCUGGGUUGCCUGGAUUUGAAUGAAUGGGGUAACAACAUCCUGGAGAUCUUGACCAAGCACCUGCUGAGCGAGUCCAUGGAGAUGCGACGCCUGGCCCUCAGAGGCCUCGUGAUGCUCAGCAAAGACCCCUCGAUGGCCAAAAAAAUGUGCAGCCUGUCUGAACCCCUCAUGGAUUUCCUGAGCAAUGAAGACAUAGAGGUGGUCAAGAUGAGUCUGUCUGUGUUCACAAAUAUACUCAUGAACAAGGAUAUCCUAACAUCCUGCCCCACAGCCCCCAAACUGGCUGCCGCGCUCCGGCCCCUCUUUGACAGUGACAACAAUCAAGUGCAGUGGCUCUCCAUCGGCCUCUACAAAGAUGUGAUGGAAUCAGUAGUGGAAAGGGGAAAAAAGGCCCUGAAGCCUCAUGUGUGCGAGAGCCUGCUUCCUCUCUUCUUCCACUGCUACGACGAGAACCGGCGUGUGGCACAGACCUCUCGGGAAACGCUGCUCUCUGCAGUAAACUUCCUGAAGAGAAGGGAUCUCAAACAGCUGCUCAAGUUGGAUGACCCGUGGAGCUUUGCCGAGCACGUGCUGGCAGAGGACAGGAGCCGAGCGGCCGAGCACCUGCGCCAGGCCCUGCCGUACCUGCAGAGCCCCCAGGAGCCCGUGCGAGAGGCGGCCGUCAGAUCCAUUGGGACCGCCGGGAUGCUCAUGAGAGGACAGCGGGAGGAGCUGCAGCUCAUCUGUGAGGCCCUUCAAGCCCUUAACUCAGAUGAGAGCCCCUCCAACACAAACCUCAUCGUUCAAGUCAUGUUGGAUGAAAGAGCUACAUCACUAAGUUCAUCUUCUGGAUCAGGACAACCAGGACAGCAGCAGAUGCCAUGCAGGAGGAAACAAGCUGGAGAUCAGAAGGGAGCAGCUGGAGCUCCAGGCCCAGCUAAUGCUGGGAAAAUCUGA